GUGUGAGCACCAGCUGCUGCCUGCUGACUCGCGGACGGCGAAGGGGGCGUCGGCUGAGUCUGCUGUCGUCCGACCGUACGAGUCGUCGUCGGGUGCUUUGUCCGCGAACGCAGCCCUCGAGGGCCGACACCCAUGGGUGAGUCAGCGAAUCGACCCUGACUGUCCCUAGACACGAAGCCCUGCCCUGCGGAGGCGUUAUGUUGGUCUAGCUGCGUGUCAAUCACGCAUUCCUAGCCAAUAUUGGGGCCAGCCAAGGGAGCCGCUAAUAUUUAAUCGCACACACAAGCACGCAUUCCGCGCCUGGAGAGGUCACUCAACUUCUGUCCGUGACCUUGUUUGCGUUAGCUCAGGUCACCAUGUCAAAAAGCGAUCAGGAUGAAGUUAUCAAAAACAUUAAGUCGUGCAUCUCAUCCAGCAGGGGUGGCAUACCUUUGUCCACUUUAUGCAGAGACUAUCUCAUGCUAAUUGGCGAACCCCUGCCAUACCGCGGACUGGGAUACUCGCGAGUGGAGGAUUUGCUGCAAGUGGCACCUGAUUUAAAAAUUGUCAAAGGUCCCAAGGGAGAGCAAAUCGCCCAGUUUGUGCCCUCGAAGAGACAGCGCAACGAUCACCAAGCGCGUCUCAUCUCAGUGCAGAAGUCGGCCAACGGUGGUCGCUACGUUCCCAGAGCCUCUCGAAAACCUAACGAACAAGCCGCAGAGCCGCCGCCGCAGCAGCAGCAGCAGCAACAGAAGAAACCCAACAUUAAAGAGACCAACUGGAGGACCGGUGGGUCCAACUCUCCGCAAAAAGAGGUGCGCUCUCCCGCUCUCCUUCGUCAACUUUCGCAACCGCAGGCCAACUCUGGUAGAAGAUCAAGCCAGGAAAAUAGAGAUGGCAGCUCGCGCGCCAGCAAAAAUCUAACUUGGCGCCGAGCAUCACCCGACGACGACCAAAGCAACAACCAACAGCAACAAGCCUCCAGCAACCGCGGUGGGCUCCGAAAACCGAAACGAUCAGCCGAAACAAAUAAUAAUAACAACGUUAGCGAGCAACUGGUUUACACACCUGUCGUGUGCCCUGUAGCCAGUAUAAGAAACCCGUACGAACCCCCUGCAGCCGAAUUAGUAGCCACUCCACACAUCACCACCCUCAGAAAUUAUGUCGCCAAGAACAAGCUGGGCGAAAUCGAAUUCAAAACCAUUGAAAUGGUCAUUGAGUUCUCCAAGAUGUACGUCUCUUCCGUCACUGUUGGGAAUGACUUCAAAGUAAGCACCUAUCCCAACGGUGGGUUUACUGCUCAAGAAGCUUUGGAUUUGGUUGCAAGACUCGCGUACGAUUCGCUUGUUGAAAAGCACAAGACCUCUGCCCCACGCCUGCAACGCACCACCGACGACAGCAAAGCCAUGCAGAGGAUUUUGAAGAUUUUAGAGUCGCAUCCCAAUGGAAUGUGGUCCAGCAAAGUGCCUGGCGAGUACAGUGAAAAGUACAGCGAGAAGUUGCCAGAAGACUGGCUCAAGCAAAUAAUGGAAUACCCCCAAGUGGACGCCAACGUAAUAUCAGACAAGCAAAUUAUUCUCACGCUAAUUGAAAGCCCAACAGUCUGCGAAAAUAAUCCAGUUGCUAACGAUUCUGUUGUUGUCCCUGCUGAGGAAAUUGCAGCACCGGUGGAGCAGCCCUCUAGUGCCCUUUUGGACACCCCUCCGCCAAUCAUUCUGCCCAAGGAGGAACACUGGGAUGUGUACAUCACCAAUGCAAACUCCACCACCGAGCUGUGGCUCAGACUUGUUGGAGAUUCCUUCAGCGUUCAGUAUGAGAAUUUGGCAACUGAAAUGGAACUGCACUACUUGGGCAGCAAGAAACUGAUUGAAGGAUCAGUCAAAGAGGGCGACUUUUACGCCCUGCAGCUUGAUGAUUGCGUGCACAGAGUGCAGCUUCAAAGCAUUGAAAAUGGCUCGGCGCAAUGCUUCCUGAUGGACCAUGGACAGAUGGAGCUGGUCCCUGCUUCUGACUUGAAGGUUUUGGACAAACAGUUUCUGCAAUUACCAUUUCAGGCUGUUCAGUGCGAGCUGAAGGGCUUAGAAGAUUUUAAUUCUGCUGAGGGCGUUCAGGAACUGCUUCUUGACGCGUUGAUUGGAAAGACGUUUGUGGCUCAACCCUCUCCCGAAUAUCUAGACCAGGAGUAUGUCUUGAGCUCUCAACCAGUGCCUUUGACUUUGUUCGACACCAGCACGUCGGAGGAUGUCAAUGUGAACACGCAGCUUUGGGAAAAAAUUACUAGCACAAUUCUCACUCCUAAAUUGCCCAAGGAGGGAAAAGUCAUCGAAGUGACUGUCUCAUACAUAACUACUGAGGCGAAUAUUUAUGUCCAGCUUUACAACUCAGUCAUCCACGGAAUACAGCAGAAAAUCAGCAUUCUCAAUGUUGAAAAGCUGACUAGUGCAAAGCCGCUGGUGCUGGCCAAGGGGAGGAUCUAUCUUGCUCAGUUUACGGACGGAAUUUGGUACAGGGCCACUGUCACCAGUGCCAAUGACAAAAAGGCAAUUGUCAUGUUCGUCGACUUUGGUAACAGCGCAACAGUAGAUUUGGGAAAGAUGAUUGACUUGGAAAGCGCCAUGCCUGAUUUAGCUAAAAUACCACCGCAAGCAGUGUUGUGCACAUUGCACCAUUUGGUCCCCAGUCCUGACGUCAAGAUUUGCAAGAAAACCGUGGACCGAUUGACAACUCUGCUGCCUGAAGACAAACCCCACCUUUUGAAAGUUAUUUCUCAAACUAGCCCACCUUUGGUCGAGGUCUUCAGGAGGAUCGACCCCGACAAUUUGCUGGUCUCUGUCAAUAGCUCUAUUUCUUUGGACCAUGAACUUUUUGAGCCCAAAAAUGAUAAGAAGAAGGAAGAGAAAAUUACAGCCCCAGCCGAGAAGCCAGAGAAAGAAAAGCCUGUCUCCCCUGUGCGCAAUCUUAGUCUCAAAACGUUGCCUUCGCCAAAAAUACCUGAAGUUGGAGGAUACCUGGAUGUGAUAGUUGUCAUGGCAGCUAGUCCGUGCAAUUUCAUUGUACAGCCCUAUGAGCAGAGUCACGAACUUCAAAAUCUGAUGUUGGAACUUCAGAAUUUGUUGGGUGUUGAUAAGGGUGUCAAACUUCAGUCUGGCGAGGUGAGAGAGGGGGGUGUCUAUGCGGCAAAGCAUCAUGACGGAAAGUGGUACAGAGCCCAAGUGAAUAAUCUCUUGAAAGGAGAUCAUUUUGCUUCAUAUUUGGUCGACUUUGGUGACCACAUUGUGGUGUCCAUCGACAAAUUGCGAGUGCUUCCCCAGAAUUUCUGUGCUCUUCCCUAUCAGGCUAUUAAAGCUAGGCUUUCAGGAUUAAAAGCUAUAAACAAUGACUGGAGAGUGGAAGACUGCGUGCGCUUCCAAGAGCUCGUCUGCAACCGUCCCUUUGUGUCCGUUGUCGAAGCAACAGGCCCUGACCUGAUCAACCCAUCUGAAAUGGUCCUGUGUCUGCGGCUGAUUGACACAAGCUCAGACGAGGAUAUUGAUGUUGCACAGGUGCUGAUUAGUGAGAAAAGGGCCGUAAAGGCAGGCUAGAAGUGGCGUUAUAAUGUCCUGAGGGAAUUUUACUUUGGAGUUCAAAGUCGAGGCAGCUGGAUUGAGAAUGAGAAAGCAAGUCGAUACACGCUGUUAAUCAUAAUUCAGCUUACGCCCAUUGCAUGUUGGGUUCACCUUAUAUACCAGCCUAUUAAUUGUGGAUUAAUAUGUGGAGUGGAAUUAUUAAUGUUUAAUUAAUAAUGGGAUUAACGAGAGGAAGAGAGAUGCAUGAUAAAUAUUAUUACUGCGUAUUAAAAGUAAUUUAAUAUUUGUAGUCAAUAAUAACUAUGAGUCACAGUUUUCAAUAGAGACGAUCUUUUGACAAUAAUGCUGUUAUUUUGUCUUAAAAAGAUUGGAGAAUUAUAUAUUCAUAUUCCACACCUAAGUGAGGCAAGCCAAUAGUUUUGGUUUUGGGCUCCGACUUCGCAAUCAACUUUACGAGAAUCUCUCUACGCUGAGAUAUAUAAUAUCCUCCACCUGAGCUUUACUUCUAUUUUUAGGACAAUAUUUCUUAGGGAAAAUAAGAAUCAUUCAUACUACUGUUUUCCCCACUGAAAAUGAUUGGCACUUAAAUAAGUGCGAUCAACUCUCCAUGUGAUACUUCCUGGAAAAUCACCCACGAACUGAGAAAAAGCAAUAUGUUGCCAAAUUUUGAAGAUUUGAUUCGGAAAUCAGAUCCUAUUUUGGAUGCCAUGUUUUUAAGACUUUGCACUCACAGAAUUGGGAGACUGGACACAGAAACACCUCCAUUUCAUAAUUACAUACCAAAACUCCUUUUUUUUAGUUGACCAUAAAAUAUUCUAUUCUGUGUUAAUUGUUUUUUAAUGGAACUUUAUAAAAUUUAAGAGCAAUAAAGAUGGAAACAUCCUCAUAUAUAAA